AAAACUGGAAUAAACCGUUUCCCCCCGUUCUUGUUAGUACUCCUUUCCCUGUUUUUAGCAUCCUGUAUCUCUACAGACAGCAAAGUUACAACGAUCACAGCAGUGGUUUCCAGGAUGGCUUGGAUUUCACAAAUACCUUAUUUCAUUGUGUUGUUUUCUUCAGUACGCAGUGCAUGUGUGUCUCAUAUCUACAAAAACAUCUAUCUCAAAGGAGGCGAUGUUGCUAAAUUUUAUGCCCCAAAUGCCAAGUUCUGUCAAACAGUGUGCACGUAUCACCCACGAUGUCUAGUAUUCUCCUACGUGCCAGGAAACUGGGCAAAAUCUGAUGAAAGGUUUUCAUGCUUCCUGAAAGAUGCUAAUUUACAAGAUUUGCCAAAGAUACACAAGGAAGGAAUAAUCUCUGGACAUUCUCAGAAACAAUGCCCUCAAAUCACUGCCUGCACCACCAAAACAUUUGAAGGAUUGGACAUGCAAGGACAAAAUUACAAUAUAACUACUGAGACGAACUAUCACAACUGCCAAAGAAGAUGCACCAAUGAUAAUCACUGUCACUUUUUCACAUACACCAUGGCAUUGUUUCACACACCAAACUUCCGAAAUAAAUGCUACUUGAAGCACAGCAACACAGGAACACCAACCCGUAUAAGGCACCUGAAAAAUGUUAUAUCUGGAUUCUCAUUAAGAACCUGUCAAGAGGCUGAAACAGAUUGUCGAAUGGACAUUUUCCAAAAUGCUGUAUUUUCUGGUAUCACCACUGCAACCAUCUGGGCACCUGAUGCCUUUGCAUGUAGGAUAUUUUGCACAUACAACCCAAAGUGCUUGUUUUUUACCUUUCAUAACAGUAAAUGGGUGGUAACCAUCAAAAGGUAUACCUGUCACAUGAUGACAUCAAGAAGUGGAAUGCCAGAUAAAAUGUUUCAAAUGGAAAAUGCUAUUUCAGGCUUCAGUAUUGUAAACUGCCCAAGACUCAUACCUGCCUGUCAUUUUCCAACAUACCCCAAUUUACACUUUCUGGGUGAGCAACUGAGUGUGGAGUAUGUUAACGAACAGGAGACAUGUCAACAGAUUUGUACAGACACAGUCCGCUGCCAGUUUUUUACAUAUGUUUCCAAUGAAACACUGUGCCAACAAGGAGGUAAAUGCCCAUGCUACCUAAAGAUGUCCGAAACUGGGCAUCCAAAUAACAUUGAAUUUAAGCCUGGAGUGAUUUCUGGCUAUUCUUUAAGACUAUGUCAAACUAAGAACAGCUCUGGAUGUCCGCAGGAGCAUAAGAUGUCAAGGAUUGUGGGAGGAACCGACUCUUUGCUUGGUGAAUGGCCCUGGCAAGUCAGUUUACAUGUGAAGCAAAUUUCUUACACUCAUAUGUGUGGAGGCUCAAUCAUUCAUAACCAGUGGAUAAUGACUGCUGCCCACUGCAUAGAAGACUUUGGGCUCCCUGAAUUUUGGCGUGUUUAUACCGGUGCUUGGAAACAAUCAGAAAUAAAAGAUAAUACUUCCUUCUUCAGCAUCAAAGAGAUUAUUGUUCACCCUAAGUACGAGUAUUCUGAAAGUGGAUAUGACAUUGCUUUAAUGAAACUUGACAGACCCAUGAACUUCAGUGACUUCCAGCAACCGUUAUGUCUGCCAUUUCGAGAACAAACGAAUGCAAGAUACACCGAAUGCUGGGUGACUGGAUGGGGUUACACGAGAGAGAGAGGUCAAAUAGAAGAUACUCUACAAAAGGUCAGAAUCCCCCUAAUAUCAAAUACGGAAUGCCAAUCAUAUUAUCAAGAACACCGAAUAACUGACAAAAUGAUCUGUGCUGGCUAUCAAGAAGGUGGAAGGGAUGCUUGUAAGGGAGAUUCGGGUGGACCUUUGCAAUGUAAACUUGAGAUGCACUGGUAUGCAGUUGGCAUUACCAGCUGGGGUGAGGGAUGCGCUCGUCCAGGACAACCAGGAGUGUACACUAAUGUGGCUAAAUUUGAAAACUGGAUUAUGGAACAUAUUUCAUAGAUCUCAGAAAUGUCCAGUGACUAAGGAUAGAUGAGUCAAUCUAUUUCUGCUCCAUGUCAUUUUCACAUGUGUUCAUUCAAAAGUCUCUUCUGACAUGUUUCCAUAUUCAUCUGUGAUUGUUAUUAUUUUAAAUCUGCACAAAAUUUUAUAUUUGCAUACAGGUUUUUGCAGGCAUUUUCACCCCAAAUUUUCAUUUUUGAACAUGUUUUAUCUUCAAGACUGCUUUUCUAAAUAAAUUUUAUUCUAAAAUGCCAGUUUCAAAACACAUUUUGGUACAUUUUUUUGACCUGAACACUGUCCAACAAAAUUGGAAAUAUGGAAAUACAAAGGAUAAUGUCAUGUUGAGUAGUUUGGGUCAGUUUGCACCAGAAUUUAGAAAAGGACAAAUUCUUCAAGGAUCCCUAUUACUGAUCCAACUAUAGCUGCAAGAUGACCACAGACUAAUCACUCUGACCUUCUGUGAGAAAUAUCUGAAGUCCUGUAAACCUCUUGAUUUUAGAAAGACUAACAGCAUUAAAACAGAUACUGAAUUCACCGACAAAUUGCAGAUGCAGUUAAAAACCAAUUAAAAGGUUAAUUCUAAAUA